GUGCCCCGCGCUCCGCGCCCCCUUCUCUUUCAGCCUCGGGCGCGGGGGAGGCUCGGCGGACCUGCUGAUUGGGAACCGAUAUGGCGGCGACUCUGGGCAGCGGGGAGCGCUGGACGGAAGCUUACAUUGAUGCAGUUAGAAGAAACAAAUACCCAGAAGACACACCUCCUGAGAGUCAUGACCCCUGUGGCUGCUGUAACUGCAUGAAGGCACAAAAGGAAAAGAGGUCUGAGAAUGAGUGGACUCAGACCCGGCAGGGUGAGGGGAACUCCACGUAUAGUGAGGAACAGCUGCUUGGGGUACAAAGGAUCAAGAAAUGCAGAAAUUACUAUGAAAUUCUGGGAGUUUCUCGAGAUGCCAGUGACGAAGAGCUUAAGAAAGCUUACAGAAAACUCGCCCUGAAAUUUCACCCUGACAAGAACUGUGCUCCUGGAGCAACAGAUGCUUUCAAAGCAAUAGGAAAUGCAUUUGCAGUCCUGAGCAAUCCUGAUAAGAGACUUCGCUAUGAUGAAUACGGAGAUGAACAGGUGACUUUCACUGCCCCUCGAGCCAGACCUUAUAAUUAUUACAGGGAUUUUGAAGCUGACAUCACUCCAGAAGAGCUGUUCAACGUCUUCUUUGGAGGACAUUUUCCUACAGGAAAUAUUCAUAUGUUUUCAAAUGUGACAGAUGACACUCACUAUUACCGUCGACGGCACCGACAUGAGAGGACACAGACUCAGAAGGAGGAGGAAGAAGAGAAACCUCAGACUACGUAUUCUGCAUUUAUUCAGCUACUUCCAGUUCUUGUGAUUGUGAUUAUAUCUGUCAUUACUCAGCUGCUGGCUACUAAUCCCCCAUAUAGUCUGUUCUAUAAAUCGACCUUGGGCUACACCAUUUCUAGAGAAACUCAGAACCUGCAGGUGCCUUACUUUGUGGAUAAAAACUUUGACAAGGCCUACAGAGGAGCUUCUCUGCAUGACCUGGAGAAAACAAUAGAGAAGGAUUACAUUGAUUAUAUCCAGACUAGUUGUUGGAAGGAGAAACAACAAAAGUCAGAGCUGACAAAUUUGGCAGGAUUAUACAGAGAUGAACGAUUGAAACAGAAAGCAGAGUCGCUGAAACUUGAAAACUGUGAGAAACUUUCCAAACUCAUUGGCCUACGCAGAGGUGGCUGAGAGGAUAAUGGUCCUACACAGGGCUGGGGUUUUGCUACUUGUUCCUAUUUACGUUCCUGAUUCCAUUUUAUAAUACAAAAUUAGGUAAUGAUGAACACUUUACUAUUUGCUAACUUCGUUGGUUGGGCAGUGUGGCAGGAACAUGGGCACGAGAGCCAGAUGUGUCUUCACAGGAUCAUUCCUGGGGAGUGGCUCCAGGGGCCAGGAGUAGUUCAUCUAAGUUAAAUUAACGGCAAGGCAUUGGUCCGUCUCCCUGCUCCAUGCCUACCCUGCCUAUGUGAAUGGAGUUCAGGGCAUCCCAGAGCAGAUCCAUGUUUUCUUCCUUCUUCCCUUCUUCAGUGAAGUCUUAAGAACCAGGCAUUCCUAGGCUUAGCCAAAGCUUAAUAUUAGUUAUUUACACUGUCUGCCAAGAAUUAUACCUCUCCCUUCAUUAGAGUCAUCAUCUCCACCAAGAUUUAGCCUUUGGAACAUGUUCCUGCCCAGCUUUCCAUUUUCUAGGGGAAUAUGGAGAAAUUUAAACUAUUGUAGUCAACAGUUUUCUAUUAUUCCAAUCUCUGCUCAGUUAGUAGCAUUAGCAAACUGCCUGAUUUGAGAUUCCUUUAUUUCCUUAACCCUCUCUCUUUUAGAGAGUCCAGAAAUUAAAACUACUGAGCAGCAUCUGGAGGCAGAGGCCGAGGUGAAGGUAUAAUGCAAGACCGAGCCUCAUCUUCUCCACGAAGCCUCCCUACUCCAUCAUAGAACCCAGAGAAUGUCCCUUCGGUCAUUUCCCCUCAGUAUCAUCAUUAGUGUCAUUGCACUUGGGCUGAGUUCCUACAUCCCACAGAGGCAGAUGGCCAGACCCAGGAGGAGGCAUUGCCAGCUCUCCAGGCUGUUUGCUCAAGCCUAGAGGUAGAGGACACAGAUCCUCUCUCCUUGGAUAUGGGGGUCUAGCGUUGGCCCCAGCAGCCACUUUGUUUAACCCAGUAUCCUACAGCUCGUGAUUUGAGAUGCUUUUUCAUUCAUUCAACAUUUAUUGAGUGCCUACUAUAAAAGCAGGGGCUCUCACACAUAUUUUUUUACUUAAGCCUCUUCACAACUCGGAAGUAGAUGUAUUAUCCCUGGUUCUAUGAAUGAGAACAUUGGCCCAGAGAGGAUGACCCAGGUCAUACAGCUGGUAGUGGCACAGCAAGAUGGUAGGCUGAGUGUCAAGUAGAAAGUGGGAGAGCAUCCUCAUGUCUCAGGUGAUUCUAGCCAGACUGGCAAAGCAGAAACUUUCCCGAGGAUGCCUCUGUCCUCCCCAACCCCAUGACCCCUCAUCCUUUCUGUGGCAAUCCUGCAUCCAUUCAGGACAACAUCCCUGCUGCUCUUUAGGAAGCAGGACCCUGUCUAACAUAAAUUCUGUACACAAAAUAAGAGGUCCCUCACAGGCAGGCAGCCCUCCCACUGGUGACUAGGAAGAAUUCAGUCACUGCCUGGGCUGUGUGGUUCUGGGCCUUCCUGUGGAGCUGAGCUGCUUGAAUUAUCAUGACUCUGAACUUGGAAGGAUCAUUAAGUGACUGUAGCCUACACUCCAUGCUUCCUUCAUAUUGGAAGAAAAGUUUCUGGUAGAGAGUCGGCCGGGCGCAGUGGCUCAAACCUGUAAUCCCAGCACUUAGGGAGGCUGUGGCAGGUGGAUCACCUAAGGUCAGGAGUUCAAGACCAGCCUGGCCAACACAGUGAAACCCCGUCUCUACUAAUAACACAAAAAUUAGCCAGGCGUGGUGGCACAUGCCUGUAGUCCCAGCUACUCGGGAGGCUGAGGCACAAGAAUCACUGCAACUUGCGAGGCGGAGGUUACAGUGAGCUGAGAUCGCGCCACUGCACUCCAUCCUGGGCAACAGAGUGAGACUCCGUCUCAAAAAAAAGAAAAAAAAGAGAGAGUCUACAUUAAACAGAUUCCAAAGUAAAGUUUCUUCAUCCCAAUGCAUGGCCACGAUUUACACAGACGUGCCUAGCAUGGCUCAUCAACAUCUGAACAGUUGUUCCCUACCAGGCCUCUGCAGGCAUUCCACAGAGUCAGGAGAUGGGUUCACAGGUAAAGACUGGGGGCUUUAGUGGCUUGUAGGGGACAACUGCUCAGUUGUAGGGAGAGGGAGCAUUUCUAGAGAUAGCCAGAUUUUGCUACCCAACUAGAUCUGUCCUCCUGGUUUUGGGGGGCCCUUCUUGAUCCCCUCUGAGUGACUGAGGGAGGUUACAUUGUAAAAUAUGUCCAUGAGCCAAACAGGCUUAUGGAAAGUUCUUCUACACACAAAAAAAUCAAAGCUCUCCUCUCCCCAUCCCCAACCUCUGCUAGAAAAUUGGCCAUAAUGAGACUGACUUGACAGGUUAAAAGACCCUGUCCUAGAUGCCCAGGAAUCAGGUAGUCACACAUUUUAUGGACUUGAUGGCAGCGAUGAGUAAUCUGUGAUGAUACUAAAUGGAGGCAAUAAUAACUAACUCCAUUAAAUGUCAUGCUGAUUGUCUGUUUUUAUAGCA